GCUCGUCAACACACACCUGCUGACGUUUGUUAGGAUGUUAUACAGAUCAGCUUUGUCUGCUAGUGGCACACUCACUCACACACUGAUUUAAACUCACAGCUCCGGUUCAUUUUCACAGGCCUGCUCAGUUAUGAACAUGACGCCGUUUUUAACGAGUUUUAUUUAUUUGGCGUUGUUAUGCAGUUGGAUAAGCUGUGAUAAUGACACAGAAGAGGAUGAGCACGCCAAACACACAUACACGGUGGAGAUGUUUAAUGAUGCCGUCUCUACUGCUCCACACUUCGUCAUGUUCUACGCGCCCUGGUGUGGUCACUGUCAGAGGCUGCAAGGGACAUGGAAUGAGCUGGCAGAGAAAUAUAACAGUAUGGAGGAUCCCCCAGUGUAUGUUGUGAAAGUCGACUGCACUAAAGACACUAAGUUUUGCUCCAGUGAACAUGGGAUCCGUGGAUACCCAACUCUGAAGCUGUUUAAACCUGAGCAGGAUGCUGUGAAGUAUCAGGGCCCAAGAGACUUGCAGGCCCUAGAGAGCUGGAUGCUGAAAACCCUGCAGGAGGAACCUGAAGAGCCCCAGAGUGAACCCGAGCCACCCAAAGUUCCUGAACCCAAACAGGGCCUGUAUGAACUCACAGCCACAAAUUUCAAAUCACACAUCUCUAAAGGUUCUCACUUUGUGAAGUUCUAUGCACCGUGGUGUGGGCAUUGCAAAGCCAUGGCUCCAACAUGGGAACAGCUCGCCACCAGCUUUGAGCAUUCAGACAGCGUCAAGAUCGGCAAGGUGGAUUGCACACAGCAUUAUGAAGUGUGUUCAGAAAAUCAGGUUCGUGGUUAUCCCACGCUGCUGUUCUUCAGUGAUGGAGAGAAGAUCGAUCAGUACAGAGGGAAACGCGAUCUGGACUCGUUUAAAGAGUUUGUGGAUAAUCAAGUGAAAGCUGCUGAAUCUAAAGAUGAACCUGUGAUUGAGAAGGAGCAUGCUCACGAAGUCCCACCCAGCGCUGAACCUGAUAAACAAGAGUCUAAUGUUCUGGUCUUGACUGAGAGCAACUUUGAUGAGACAGUUGCCAAAGGACUCUCCUUCAUCAAGUUCUAUGCCCCAUGGUGUGGUCACUGCAAGAACCUGGCCCCUACCUGGGAGGAUCUAUCUAAAAAGGAGUUUCCUGGUCUGACUGAUGUGAAGAUUGCUAAAGUGGACUGCACAGUGGAGAGAACACUCUGCAACAGAUUCUCUGUGCGCGGAUACCCGACACUCCUGAUGUUCCGGGCGGGGGAACAGGGGGAGGAGCAUAAUGGAGGGCGGGACUUAGAGAGCUUACACAGUUUUGUCAUGAAGCAAGCAAGAGAUGAGCUGUAACUCCUCCCUCAUUUUCCAUCACACACUUCCUCUACAAGACAACACUAUCUACAUUUACUAUACUGUCAGAAGGACUGCUUUUUCUUCAUUUCUGUCCCACACCUACUGAAGUGAGGACAAUCUUCACAUGAUAAAAUAUGAAUGUACAUUAUUUCAUCUAUUCCAGUUGAUAAGAUUAUUAGCAAAUACAACCAUACACCUUUUGAUUUUGCCCUUCCUCUUUGAAAGAAACAGUUGUGCAUAUGAAAAAAAUGACACCUCAUUUCAGAUCAUUACAUUGUUUUAGGAGCAUAUUUUGUCAAUUAUAUGAGGAAAUUCAGCUUAGUUUAUGAAUAUCAACUAAGACUAAAAAAUGACCUCAGGGAGACCAUCUAAAGAAAAGAAUGACAUGUACCUAUUGUCUUUUCCCUUUUUCUCAAUUCAGUGUAAAAUACUAUGAUACAAACAGCACUUUGAACCCUGUUUUUGUUGUGAUCUUGUGAAUUGGUUGUACUGUUCAAAGGUUAAAGUAAAAUAAACCAGACUAAGGUAGUUUAUUAGACCA